AUGGACUGGUUCGGCCGGGCGAAAAUCGCCUUCACUCAUUCUCCUUCGCCGUUGACGUUGCAGAGAAGAGAUGGCAGCGUAACGGAUUUGUUGAAGGUCUGCGAAGCGACCACUCCUUCUUGCCAACUCAACCCGUUGCUCUUCAAUGGCGAUGUCCAGACUAUGUGGACUGCCGUCAAGGACCAUGGCCCGCCCAUCUACUACCGGAGGAAGAUAUUCAACGCAGAUCACAAGACUUACACCGGCACCUUCUCCGUCGACUUUGCGGUAGACCCGCACCAAGACGUGGACGAAUCGCUUCCUCCAAGGACCGCCUUCUUCUCGGAGGAGCAAUUCGCCAACAUCGGUUCGCAGGACAGCCGGCCUAUGCUGGUCGUGCUUCACGGUCUAUCCGGUGGCUCGCACGAGGUCUACCUCCGGCACGCUAUUGCGCCUCUUGUCAUGGACGGGGACGACUGGGAGGUGUGUGUUGUCAACGCUCGUGGGUGCGCCAACAGCAAGGUUACGAGUGGAGUUCUCUUCAACGCAAGGGCGACCUGGGACGUUCGACAGGUGAUAAACUGGGCGAGAGUCACUUUCCCCAAUCGCCCUCUGUUCGGCGUUGGCUUCUCGCUCGGUGCGAACAUCCUGACUAAUUAUGUGGGCGAAGAGGGUGCGAAUUGCCCGCUGAAAGCGGCCAUCGCUGUGGGCAACCCAUUCGACCUGGAAAUAGCCAACAAAGCUCUCCAGCGGACAGCCCUGGGCAGGCUGUAUUCGCGCGUAAUGGGGUCGAACAUGAAGCGGCUCAUCAACACGCACAAGGACGCAGUGCUGAAGCACACAAACCUUGACUUCGACAAGAUACAAACGGUGACGUAUCUGCACGAGUUUGACCGGGAGGUUCAGACCGUGACAUGGGGCUAUCCCACAGAGAACGCAUACUACCGCGAUGCCUCAUCUUCAGACGCGGUUCUAGCAAUUAGGAUUCCCUUCCUUGCGAUAUCUGCUCUGGACGACCCGAUCGCUGUUCGCGAAGCGAUCCCCUUCCAAGAAUUCACGCAGAACCCAUACACGGUUCUCCUGACGACAUCUCUAGGCGGGCACCUUUCAUGGUUUGAGAUGGGUGGGGGAAGAUGGCACGCUCGACCGAUCUGCAGUUUCCUUAAGCAUAUGGCUACCGAGAUCAACCUCGACUCCAUCAGCCCGAACAUCAAUGGGAACCAGACACAAACCCAGUUCAAGACGGACUUCAACCCCAUGAGGCGGAAACUGCAGAUCCUCAGUGAUUGA